AUGGACAAUGCCAUCGGCAAUCUUUUUACGACUACAGUUUUGACGUCAAUCGGUUACGGUCACCUCAUUCCAAUCUCCUGGGAGGGUCAAUUCUUCUGCAUGGCUUAUGCCUUGUUUGGUAUCCCACUCACACUAAUCACGAUAGCCGAUGUAGCGAAAUUCUUCUCAGACCGUUUAGGCGGGAAAGACGAUCCAUUUGCUGAGGUUGCCGCAAAUCGUCGCUUCCAAGUGAUCUUCGUCCUGAUGUUCUACAUGGUGAUCUGGGCAUGGAUCUACGAUUUCUUGGAACCAACAUGGGAUUUCCUCAUGUCAUUCUCGUUUUGCUUGGUCUCACUGUUGACGAUCGGCUUUGGGGAUCUGGUUCCCUCCGGGAAAACGGAGCUCGACGUGGCUAUCUCGAUAGGAUUUUUGUUCAUUGGUCUUGUCCUCACAACACUCACUGUGGAAGUGGUUGGAUCGGCAGCAAUUGUUAAAAUGCAUGGACUUGGCAUCUCUGGUUUCUUUAAAGGUCGAAAGUUGGGGAUGUUCAGGAAAAUCCGACCAGAUUCGAAUUCGAAAGAAGUUUGGUUUGCUUAUGUGCCAAAAGAUGCAAGUCGAAUUCCUUAUAUCGAUGAAUCGGCAAGAGAUUCGAUAAAGAACGCAAAACUAUGGGAUUAU